AUGGAUCGUGACGUUGAAAAGAUAUCAACAGACGAAGGAACUCUUAGCCCAGGGUCCAACGAAACAACCUUUUCACCCAUUCGAUUAGAAACACCACAAGUCACACGAACUCGCUCAAGAGCAACUAGCAACCUUUCUCGCUGCCAAUCUCAAAAUGGCUACAGCUGCAAUCCUCACCAAGAGUCGGACGAUGAUAAUCAGCUGGAAAAGGAUCCCUUUGAAGUCGGUUGGGAAAACGGCGACAGUGAUCCCUGGUGCCCGCGCAAGUUUGUCCAGGUGAAGAAGUGGAUGAUUGUUUUUAUUGUUUCGUCUGCAAGUCUAUGCGUAACUGCCGCAAGUUCCAUCUAUACAUCCACGUAUGAGCAAAUGGAAGUCGAGUUUGGCAACUCGCGAGAGAUAUCGAUCCUUGGUCUGUCCACCUUUGUCCUAGGAAUUGGCCUUGGACCCAUGUUUCUCGGUCCCAUGAGUGAAUUCUAUGGUCGAAGGCCCAUUUACAUUGUCUCUUGGUCUAUGUACUUUAUCUGUAUCAUUCCUCAGGCUGUGGCUCAGAACAUCGAGACCAUCAUCGUCAGCCGUUUCCUCGAUGGAUUCUCAGGCAGCGCAUUUCUCGCUGUUUCUGGUGGCACUGUUGGAGACCUCUUCACGGCUGACCAGAUCCAGGCGCCAAUGUUGAUGUUCUCGAUGGCACCCUUUGUCGGUCCCUCUAUCGGACCUCUUAUUGGAGGUUUCAUCAAUCAUAAUGCUGACUGGAGAUGGACACAUUGGACACUCCUGAUAUGGGCUGGUGUUUUGUGGAUGGCAAUCUUCAUCUUGGUCCCUGAGACAUAUCAUCCCAUUGUACUCAGGAACAAAGCAAGGCAAAUUCGAAAGAAAACAGGCGACGAGAGAUGGAAAGCUCCUAUACUGCUUGGUAUACUCUAUCUAUUCUUCGGAGCCUUUCCUCUUGUCUUUGGUAGACUCUACGGUUUCAACCUUUGGCAAGUCGGACUCUCCUUUCUCGGCAUUCUCGUGGGCAUGAUAGCAGCAGCAGGACUCGACCCCGUGUGGCACCGCAUCAGAAGUAGCCUUAUACUCAAGCUAAGCUCAGAAACAGACAUUCAGGGGAUCAGCCAGCCCGAAUUCAGACUCCCACCAGCGAUCGUGGGGUCACUCAUCGUACCUGUUGGCAUCUUCAUCUUCGGCUGGUCAUGUUAUCCGUGGGUGCACUGGAUUGUACCCAUUAUUGGAUCAGCCAUCUUUGGAGCCGGAAUCCUUCUUGUGUUUAGCGGAGUCUUUACAUUUCUUGUUGAUGCGUAUCCGCAGUACGCUGCGAGUGCCUUGGCUGCGAAUGCCUUUGUGCGUUGUGCCUUUGCUGCUGCCUUUCCGCUAUUUGGCAACCAGAUGUAUAAGAAACUCAACAAUCACUGGGCAUCGACCCUAUUGGCAUUUCUAACGGUCUUCAUGAUGCCCUUCCCCUAUCUUUUCUUCCGUUACGCUUCGAGUGAUGGCUUCAUCCGUGUUCCCGCACCAAUGGAUAGCCACUGA